AAGCUGGAACAGUGACAACACAGGAAACUUCCCUAUGUUUAUCGAAUUAAUUGUCAUUAUUUCGGCUUCAUCAUGCGGCGAGCGGCAGGUCUCGGGAAAAUCAACAAACACAAACUUGCUCAGGCCAAGUACAAGGACAAAGGAUCUGAGAUUGCGGAGGAUCAGUUGAAUCAGAUGAGCCGACAGCUUGAGGUGUUCAGGACCAAUCUUGAAGAGUUUGCUGCCAACCAUAAGUCAGAAAUCAAGAAGAACCCAGAGUUUAGGAUGCAGUUCCAGGACAUGUGCGCCACCAUUGGAGUCGAUCCAUUAGCAUCCGGGAAAGGGUUCUGGUCAGAGAUGUUAGGAGUUGGAGAUUUCUACUAUGAAAUUGGCGUUCAGAUCAUUGAGGUUUGCCUGGCGACGCAGCAUCGCAACGGAGGACUCAUGAACCUUGAAGAGCUGCUCCACAAAGUCAGGAAAACGAGAGGACAGACAAAGCAGGCCCAGGAUGUCAGUCUCGAUGACAUCAAAAGAGCUAUCAAGAAGCUGAAAAUCUUGGGGAAUGGAUUCGGUCUUCAUUGCCUGGACGAUGGGCGGUUCAUCGUUCAGUCUGUACCGGCAGAGCUUAGUAUGGACCACACAAGUGUUCUCAAUGUAGCACAGGGUACCGGAUGUGUGUCUGUCUCAGAUCUGAAGACCAAACUGAAAUGGGAAGAAGACAGAGCAAGACUAGUUAUGGAUCAGCUGGUCAAGGAAGGUUUAGUAUGGGUGGACGACCAGGACAGGUCAGGCAGGCUCUACUGGUUUCCAGGACUCUUCCCAGAAACUUGAUGAAAGUGAUUAUUUUAUUCUGUUUCAUACACUGUGUUGACAAAUGUAUAUGAAUAAUAAUCUGGAUUUAUACAGCGCUUAGCACAGAAUACCAUCUCUAAGCGCUUCAUAGGUAUAUUUCAUAUACUGUGUUGAUAAAUGUAUAGGAUUAAUAAUAUGGAUUUAUACAGUGCUUAGUACGGAAUACCACCUCUAAGCGCUUUAUAGGUAUUAUUACCCAGGUCAUCGGAUUCAUUCAAGCACAAUGAGCACCAUCUUCACUCCCUGGGGAGUAUUCGUACAGUAUGGUCAGCGCGAGGGCAUAUGGCAAUUACUAUCACAAUUCACAAAGGCUAUUGUCAUCCUACCAGGUCCCCGGGGUUUCUCCUGGUUAUGGAAAAAGGACAUUAGUGCCAUGUCAGGGUAUCGAACCCACAACCUUUGCAUUUAAAGUCGAGUGCUUAAACCACUCAACUAUGACACCUCAAUGUAAUUAUUACUAUUAUGUUAGUAUGUGAACUUAUUUAUCACUAAGGGUGUCAUUAAAAACUCCGGACAAGCUCUACUA